AUGGUGAGAGGAACGCCACUGUCCAUAAAUGGGCUUUGGCCAGCCUUGCGUGUUACAGUUGAUCCGGGAAGGAGCAUUGCGGACCGUGAGCUGGUGCUGGCAGCUGUGCAGCAGGACGGGGCGGCCUUGGCCUUUGCCUCUGAAGAGCUGAGGGAAGAGAAGGAGGUGGUGCUCCAAGCAGUUCACCAGACAGGGUCGGCCUUGGCCUUUGCCGCGCCGGCCCUGAAAGCCGACCGAGAGGCACACGGAGCUGCCAUGGCCGCCGCACGGGAAGAGUGGCCGGUGGCCAUGGCUGGAGGGCUUGUGGAAGCAAUUGCUCGUGAUUUUGUGGUUUGGGCAGCAGUCCAGGAAUCUGGCUUGGCUUUGGAGCAUGCUGCCGAUGAGUUGCGUGAUGACGAAGACCUCGUCUUUGUGGCGGUCGCCACCGGCGCCGCACUCCGCUUUGCCUCGCCGCGGCUGCGCGCGCAGCGGCGCAUGGUGUGCCAAGCGCUGCGGGCGGACGAGGCGGCGCUCGCCUGGGCUUCGGAGGUGCCGGGCCGGGCUUUUGCAUCGCUUGGGGCUUGA